CACAGCGCAAAGCAAGGGCGUGUUUCCUAUUUCUGGCGGAGCGAGGCGAGUCACUGGGCCAAGCUAGUUAGUUAGUAACUUGUCCUACUAACUUCAGCCUGGAUAAAUGCUGAUCCUUCACUAAACGGAGCGAUGGACUUCGACUUUUUGUUUAACGAUACAGCGAUCCAAUUUUCGGACUUUCGCGAGUUCACGUUUCUUCCAGGACACCAAAGGUUGUCUGAACGAGUGAGAAAGCGACUGUAUUAUGGAUUGGAUCGAGAUGUGACGUCACUUGAAGUACUCUCCUCCCCUGUGACAGACAUCGCCGUUGAACUCUUCCAGAAAUCUGCACCAAGCCCAAUAAGGAAGCUCCACAAGAACUAUGCCGUUCAUGUGUCCAGGGAAGCUUGUAUUUCACCAUGUGCAAUGAUGCUGGCGCUGGUCUACAUUGAAAGGCUUCGAAAUAGAAACCCUGAAUACUUACAAAAGAUUUCCUCCUCUGACCUCUUUCUGAUCUCCAUGAUGGUUGCCAGCAAGUACUUGUACGACGAAGGAGAGGAAGAGGAGGUCUUCAACGAUGAGUGGGGAGCAGCUGGAAAGCUGGAUGUUGAAACAGUGAAUAAACUGGAAAUGAAUUUCCUGAAGGCUAUUGAUUGGAGUCUCUUCACUGGGUCCAAAGAAUUCUUGGAUGCACUGAGCCAACUCGAGAGCAGGAUUGCUGUGCAUCAGGGGAUGAUGCGAGGCUGGUUUACCUACACUGACCUCUGCGUGCUGCUCGAGCAAUCGGCGUGGAGCCAAACACUUGCAGCUAUCUACCAGCACUUUAUCAAGGUUUCCUGUAUGCUCGGAUUUUUGUAUCUGACGAGCGUGGCGGGUCUCAUUGCGACAAGCACUGUGCUCCACCAGCUGAGUCUGUGUCCAAGUGGCCGGACGCUGUUGACGUUACCAGGCCAAGUCGCCCCGGCGCUAUCGAGCCCCGGCUCCCCUGCUCAUUCCCAGCGGCUCCCCUGUUGCACUCUGUCUAACGAGAGUCUGAACAGUCACACCCAUGCAGUCGGAGCGGCUUCACUUCACGCCGCCCCGCAGCCAUCAAUAUUGUGUCUCUGGGGCUCAUUGCUUUCCUCUGUGGCCUCCAUACAGCUUCAAACACAAUUGGAAACCCGACGCACUUCCAUCUUUUGCCCGGGCUGUCGUAGCACCUUCUCGCUAUCUGAAUGCACGCUGAGCAACACCUCAACUGUAUUCACCAGUCAGGCAUCGUGGUUGCCUUCCGUCUUGAUCGGAGGCGCUGAAGCGAGUCCAAUCCCUCACCUCAAAGCGUUUCCUCUCGGGCAGGCGGCAGCUUGUCAUCCAAAGUUGAUGUUACCUGUAGACAAGACGCAAGCGCUCCUCAUGGCCGGCUAGCACGUCGCAGACUCCGCUUCUGAUCGUCAUGUACUCUGGAAGGAAGGAAAGAAAGAAAGAAAAAAAACAGCACUGCUUUUAAUCACCGACACACAAGUGAAAUAGUACACAAGUACAUCUCAAACAUGAGAAUCUCAGUAUAGUCACUUUGACCACAGAAAUCGACUUAUUUUGAGAGAUCUUUGAGGAUUUCUGUAGUUUUGCAGGCUAUUUUAUUAUUAUGAUAUAUAUUUUUUGCUACAACCAGUUAUUUGUUUGAAGGUGGAUGGUCUUGAUCCGUAUGUUCGGAGCGAUAGCUGGGAAAGUUUGAAGUAUGUUGAGAUUAAACGAUGGUGCUUGGCGAGACGUAAGAAACAUAAGCGCUUUCCGAUGAUGUUGAUGCUUUAACAAACAGGUCAUGUUCGUGCACACAAUGCUGCAACUCUUUUGAAUUGUAAAAAAAAAAAAAAGCUCAACACCUUCUGAGGCUAUGACCACCUUUCUACGACAGGGUAAUAUGAGACAUUACUAUUUAGUAGUUUCUGGGGGUUGCGUUUUUGUACAUAAGGCCACCAAAUUUAGCAUGCUAACACACGAGCUGCUAUCACACUUACUACCAUUUAUGUUGUAAUAACACGCAUCACUCCAGAUGUACCGGGUACUGCAAAAUGUCUCUUUUUGGGCGGUUGAAGUUAGACUUUUUUGUGUUUCUGACAAAGCCAAAGUGGUCCCCAGGAAUUUAAAAUUGGAUAUUUUAUUUUGACAUACUUGGAAGCACAAUGUCCUUAAUUUUGUAUAUGCGUGUAAAAUGCAAAUAUUGUAAAGCAAGUCAGCUAAAUUAAUAAAGAAUGACUUUUUGGGUGAUGUUUUAAGUUUC